AUGACAUCCACUGCUGUAAUUAUGGAUACUCUUCCUGCUACUCAUGAUCAUUUAUCAUCUUCCGACAAUAAAUUAAAUGAAUUUUAUUCAACAUAUGAAAUUCAUUCACCAUCACCAAAUUCUUCUCCAUUAUUAAACAAAAGCUCUGAUUCUAUAGUAAAUAAAAUGAAUUCUGAUUCAUCAUUAUCUUUAACUAAUCGUAAAGAAUCAACAUUAAAACUUCCAUAUCCUGUUUUAUCAGAUCAUCGUGAUUUAUCAUUAAUACUUGCUUCAUUACAAAAUGAAACUCAAACAACUUCAAAAAAAAUCUCCCAUGUUGUUAAACAAAUUGAUGAAUGCGAACAAAAUUUAAUUUCAAGUAUUUAUACAGAAAAUGAAAAGAAAAUUUUUAAAGUAAAACGCGUUAAAAUAAAACAACAAUUAGAUGCUUUAAAAAAACAUGAACGUCGUGUUAGUUUACAAAUUGAUUUUAUAACAACAAAAACAGAAAUAAAAUGUUUAGAUGAUGAACAAAAACAAAUGGAAGAUAAUUUAAAUUCAGAUGAAAGUCAACAAAUUAAAAUUUUAUCAGGAAAAUUAAAACAAAAAUUAGAUAAAAUGAAAGUUUAUAUGAGAACAAGAAAUGAACAAAUGAAAAAGAUUAUGAAUGGAAAAAAACAUUUGAAUGAUAACAAAAAAUUAUCAAUCUCAUCUAGUCAAAAACAACAACAACAACAUUUCAAUUCAUCAUCAACAACAAUAAAAGAUUUGAAUCGAAAACGUCCUUCAACAUCGACAAAUAAUUCUCUAGCGAACAAACGGUUAAAAUCAGCAGCACCAAUUGUUCGUUUAUCAUCUCGUGUAACAAGUCAUGAUUUAAAGAACCAUUCAAUACAAGCACCCAUUGUACGAUUUAUUAAUAAAACAACAGAUUCAACAAUUAAUUCAACAUCUCCAACAACUCCAGCAUCAUCUUCAUCAACUUCAUCUCCAGCUUUACAUAUAAGUACAGAUAUAGGGAAUGCUGCAAAUAUAAUUAAAAAUUCUUUACAACAAAAUGAGCUUCCAUUAGUUGAUGAUGACGAUGAUGAUGAUGAUGAACUUAAUCUUGAACUAGACAUAGAUGAAUUAUUUAAUGAAGAUUCAUAUUCAGAACAGACAAUGCAACGAUUUAAAUCCGGGAUAAACGAAUUAACAUGUCAAUUUCAAGUCAAACAAGAUAUUUCAAAAAUUUAA